AAAAUAUAUCAUUUCCCUUUUAAUAUUUUAGUGAUGAUGACAUAGAUGAAAAUCAAAUUAAAAUAGCUAAUGCCAAUCAAUCAGAUGGCUUUGGAAAUAAACUAUCUGACCAAAAAAGUAAUGAUUAUGAAGAAAAUAUCAUGACUCAGGCUUUGGAACAUAAAAAAGGCUAUGUUAUGAGAAAAUGUUGUAAGGAAGCUAAUGGAAAAAAAACUGCUAGAGGAAAAAGAGGCUGGAAAAUGUAUUUUUGUACAUUACGUGACCUUAUUCUUUACUUACAUAAAGAUGAUUCUGGUUUUAAAAAAACUCAAAUUAGCGAUAGCAUUCAUAAUGCAAUACAUAUACACCAUGCUUUAGCUACUAAAGCUAUUGAUUAUACAAAAAAACAACAUGUUUUCAGACUUAUUACUGCUGACCAAGCGGAGUAUUUGUUUCAAACUAGUGAUGCUAAAGAGUUAGAUUCCUGGAUAAAUACAAUUAACUUUGUAUGUGCUAGUUUUUCUGCACCUAGAUUACCAAGUGCUGUGGGAAACCAGAAAAAAUUUCAAAGGCCUUUAUUACCAUCAGCUCCAACAAAAUUAAAUUUGGUUUGUAAUUGAAAUAUAUAUUAAAUUUUUUGAUAGCCAAAAAAUAUACUGGUAAAAAUCAAAUAU